AUGCAAAGAACUAAUGAAACUAUAUUCGAAGACAAACUUGAAGAAGUUAAAGAUGAAGUUAAAAAAGUUGAAGACAAAAAAGAAGAUAGUAGUGACAAAGAAAUAAUAAGAAUGAGGAAGUUGGCUGCUCAAGAAUUU